GUUAAAAAAUUAAAUUUGGUCCGAAAUGGCUUCACAAAUCGUCAAACGAGGUCUCCAAACAGCCUCAGCUAAUCUUUCAAACACAGGAACAGCUGCAUCUGCUGGUCAUAGUGGUGGAUACAAAUUAUGGAAGCGCUUGUCAUUCUUUGUUGCUAUCCCAGCUGUUGGUGUCUGUAUGUUGAAUACCUACUUGGAACAUCAGAAGGCACAUGCUGAUGGACAUCAACGACCACCAUUUGUAGCCUAUGAUUACUUGAGAAAGCGCGACAAGAGAUUCCCUUGGGGUGAUGGCAACAAAAGCUUAUUCCAUAACCCACACGUCAAUCCAUUACCUGAUGGUUAUGAGGAAGAGCACUAAACUAUUAACAUUCAGUUACAGCCAUUCGGA